AUGAAGCGUUUCCAGCGCAAUUCCCAGUCUCAUGCAGCAGGAGAUGAUGCUGAAAAAGACCAAGAAGAGGCUGGCGUCGGCGUGAUAGGUGCACCGCAGAAGCGUACAGUGAUGACAUUUGACGGCGAGGACGACCUGGCGAAUCCGCAGAAUUGGCCUACCCAGAAGAAGGCUGGCGUUACGAUGAUCAUAUCGCUCAUCGCAUUUAUCGUGGGCUUCGGAUCGUCCAUCGACUCGGCGGUCCUUCCACAAGCUUCGAGGCACUUUGGCGUCAGCGAAGUGACCGAGUCCUUGGCCACGACGCUCUACCUGGUCGGCUUCGGAUUUGGUGCCACUUUUUCUGGACCCCUGUCCGAGGAACGAGGGCGCAAUCCGGUCUAUCUGAUAACCUUUACGUUGUACUGCUGCUGGAUCCUGGGUGCUGCACUUGCCCCGAACAUUGGAGCAAAGCUAGUCUUUCGUUUCCUUGCGGGCACCUGUGGCUCGACUCCGUUCACAGCCGCAGGUGGUACUCUGGGUGACAUCUUUGAUCAUGUUGUUCGGGGCCAGAUAUUCCCAUUCUUUGCAUGCAUCGCGUUCCUGGGUCCGAUGUUGGCACCUGUUGUCGGCGGGUACGUUGGACAAGCCGGGAUGGAUUGGAGAUGGGUUGAAUGGAUAACAUUCCUCAUCUCGUGCGGAGUUCUGGCUCUCAUGGUCUUUUUUUUGCCCGAGACUGACGCAAAGGAGAUUCUUCGUGGGAAGGCACAAGCACUUCAAGCACGCAACGGCGCCAGCGACGUUCAAGCACCAGCAAAUCUCCCCCGGCGGCCUAGGCUAACCUCUGCCUUACUACGCCCCUGCAUCAUACUCUUCACAGAACCCGUCAUCGCCAUAUUCACGGCCUACCUGACACUGGUCUACAGCGUGGCGUUCUGCUUCUUCUCCAGCGCCCAGUACAUCUUCGGACAGACAUACGGGUUCCACCAGGGCAGCACGCACCUCAUGUUCCUGAGCAUCUCCACCGGGCUCAUCGUCUGCGCGCUGGCCACCCCUCUCUUUGGCACACUGGUCGCUCGAGAGCACAGGCAUGCUGCCGUGUCACGAGGAAAAGACCACGCCGGACCGGAAGCGAUGCUGUGGUGGGCCAUGAUCGGAGGACCGCUCUUGCCGAUAUCAGUCUUUUGGAUGGCCUGGUCAUCCCGUCGCUCCGUAUCAUACUGGUCACCCAUGAUCAGUGCUGCCUUCUUUGGCUUUAGCAUGCUGUGCCUGUUCGUCUCGACCUACGCGUACAUCAUGCAACGGUUCACCAGCGUCGCAGCAUCAGCCCUCGUCUCGAACACGUUCGUCCGCUAUGUGGUCGCCGGGACCGUGGUCGUCCUGUCGAUCCCCAUGUUUGAAAACCUCGGCGUGCAUCACGCCCUGACCGUCUUCGCGGCACUCUCUUGCCUGUUCACGCCCGUGCCGUUCUUGCUGUACGUCCACGCGCGUCAGGUAGAGGGGACGAUGUCAGUCGGUGUCGUUGGUCAGUGA